GUAUGUGACUGAAAUUCUCGGAGGACAAAAGUGUGUUUCCUGCUCUUCUGUCCUACCUGCUUUUUGCCAUCUUUCUCAGGUGAUGGACAGCUCAGAUGAUGAUCCUGUCUACGUGGUCAGUUUCAAGUCUACACUUAAAGCAGACCAGGAGGCAUGCAAGCAAAAUGCCAACACUGCAUAUCUGAAGAUUGCUACUGCAUUAGAUCCAAGAUUCAAAGAUCUGAAGAGCAUACCCAGACUUGAGAGGGAUGAGGUGUGGGUCUCAAUCCUUCAUUUGCUUAAAGAAAGCCAGGAUGCUGCAAAGAAACCUUUGGAUGCAACAUCAGAGCCACCAAAGAAAAAGUGUGCCUGCUUCAUCAGAGUCUGACUCUGAAGAAGAUGAAAAGUCAUUUGAGAACACUUUGUCUCGCUACAAAACGGAGCCCACUAUCAGUACAGAUGCCUGCCCCUUAGAGUGGUGGUCCUAACACACAGGAGCAUACAGGGGACUGGCCUUUACUGCACAGAAGUACUUGGCCACACCUGCAACGUCUGUCCUUUGUGAAAGGUUAUUUUCUCUUGCCUGUCAUGUUGUACAGAAAAAGAGUUUCUUUGUCAUCUGAAAAUGUUUAUGAACUUGUUUGUCUCAACAACUGGCCUGGUGCAGAGGAGUGAGAAAGGUAGAGUUGGUUGAUUGUUUUUUUUGUCUUUUGACUGAAGUUUCCUUAAAGGAAAUCCAGAGUAAUCAGGUGCUAUAAAGAGUAAAAUCUCUUUUGCACAGUUAAUUCUGUUUUAUUAUUAUUGUGUUUGCACUUGAACUUUUGCAAAAGGUACACUUUAUGUUAAAUGUGAAUAGUUUUUUUGUUAUUAUGCUCUCUGACUUAAAUAAAUGUUUCUGCUUGUAAUCUUUCAGAAAUAAAUGUAUGAAUAGUUCUUAAGCAGUUGUUAAUCUAGUAAGAUUGUGGGGUUACUUUGAACUCAUUUUUAUUUCUCUAAAGAAGAAAAUCUAUGCCCUGGAAAAACCUUUGUUUCAUAUAUUUAAAUAGGGGAUCUCUGAUGCUUAUGUUAAUUAACAGUUUCACUUCAGUCUCUCCAGUGACCAGCAAAAUUAAAUAAUUCAAGUAAAAAUAAAUAGUGCAAUCAUGCAAUCCAAAAAUCAAAAUAAGUGCUUUAGGUCACUUUCUGAAAGACCACCAAAAACUUGGUACAAUUUUAUCAGUCCAUAUAAUUCUCUGGCAAUAAAAAAGUGCCAUUUUAACAAUAGUAACAGUAGUUUACAUUAACUCCAGAUUUUUGCAUUAAGCAAAAAACAUUAACAAGACCUGAGGUAGAAGAAUAAUUGUAGCUAAUUAGCUAAACUAUAAAAAAA